GAAGCCUCGCGAGGGUUGGUUUGCGCGCCGACUCCAAGUGUGGCCGGUCGGUGUCCGGGCCCCGCAGCAUCUAUCAGUCAUGGUGGCGGUGCCUUCGCAGCAGCGGCCCGCGGCGGCCCGGGCCCGGAACCUGCCCUGGGUUGAGAAGUACCGGCCACAGACCCUGGCCGACCUCAUUUCUCACCAGGACAUUCUGAGUACCAUUCAGAAGUUCAUCAGUGAAGACCGCCUGCCACACCUGCUUCUCUAUGGCCCUCCAGGGACAGGAAAGACAUCCACCAUCCUGGCCUGUGCCAAGCAACUGUACAAAGAUAAAGAAUUCGGCUCCAUGGUCUUGGAGCUGAAUGCUUCCGACGACCGAGGAAUCGAUAUUGUUCGGGGGCCGAUCCUCAGCUUUGCCAGUACAAGGACAAUCUUCAAGAAAGGGUUUAAGCUUGUGAUCCUGGAUGAAGCUGACGCCAUGACUCAAGAUGCCCAAAAUGCCUUGAGACGAGUGAUUGAGAAGUUCACGGAAAACACCAGGUUUUGCCUCAUCUGUAACUACCUGUCUAAGAUCAUCCCUGCCUUGCAGUCGCGGUGCACGAGGUUCAGAUUUGGCCCUCUGACACCCGAGCUCAUGGUUCCUCGACUGGAACAUGUAGUACAAGAAGAGAAUGUGGAUAUAAGUGAGGAUGGAAUGAAGGCCCUUGUCACUCUGUCCAGUGGGGACAUGCGAAGGGCUUUGAACAUUCUACAGAGUACCAAUAUGGCCUUUGGGAAGGUGACGGAGGAGACUGUCUACACCUGCACCGGGCACCCACUCAAGACAGACAUUGCCAACAUUCUGGACUGGAUGCUGAAUCAAGACUUCACCACUGCCUACAAAAAUAUCAUGGAGUUGAAGACUCUGAAGGGCUUGGCGCUGCAUGACAUCCUGACUGAGGUUCACUUGUUUGUGCACAGAGUUGACUUUCCAUCUUCAGUUCGGAUACAUUUAUUGACCAAAAUGGCAGACAUUGAGUACAGACUUUCUGUGGGCACCAGUGAGAAGAUACAGCUGAGCUCCCUCAUUGCUGCUUUCCAAGUUACCAGAGACCUGAUAGUUGCAGAGGCCUAGAAGUUCCAAGGCCUGGCCCCUGCUUCAGGCACAUCGGUGACUGGAGGACAGAGGACAUGCUGCCCCGAGCCACUGGAUAAAGCCUGUCACAAAAGGCUCUCCCCAGGCAUUUAGGUAGUGCUCUCUGUGGCUGUACAGAGCAACUUUCAUCCAGAGUGAUCCACACUGCUUGUCUUCUACAGGGGAAACACCCUGUCCCCAUGCUGAAGGCUGCUUUAAAGUCUUUACUAUCAGUUGCUGGGAUGACAAAAUUGGCUGCAGUGUGAAACUGAGUAUGCUUCAGUGUCUUCCAACUCUAAAUGGGUGCUAGUUGGCUUCCGAUUAAAUAUUUUGUUACAAAAUUUCAAAAUCAGUCUUCUGGCCAAAGUGCUACCAUGCAUAUAAACUCAGGCCUCAGGAGACUGAGGCAGCUGUAGGCAGCCUAGUGAGACAGACAGAGCCUGUCUCGGGAACAAAGCAGAGUCUUUCCCACUCUGAGAAGGCUUGCCAGCAGUUCCAAAUUCUAUUAUGAAAACAGGAAAGAAACUACAGCGCAGCUCGCCUUCAGACUACACCUUGCGUGUUGGGGCAGAAUGGGGCACUGCAAACGUUCCUGCCGGGCUGUAGUUACACCACGUCCUUCACAGGAAAAAUAAAGUGUUCAGUGUUCUAA